GUUGGGUUCCACUCGCUCUUCCCAUCUUCAUCGUCGCUCAUCUGCCGCCUCGGGAUCCUCGGGCUCAUCAUGCGGCUCUCCUUUCGCCGCGUUCAGCCGGGGGCCGUCUUCUCCUCGUUCUUCGGCAUCCUCGACAUCAAGCUGGGCUGCGAGAUCAUCUUGCUCUUCGCUCUCAUCAACAAGGUCGCCGGCGUCUAUGGUCUCAUCACGGUGAUUGUCGGCGGCUCCUUCGCGCAGAUCACCUUCUACGCCUACUCUGUCAUUUCGCUCUUGGGUCUGCAAUGGGGUCUCAAACAGGUCAAGGCUGAAUCAUCCCAAAAGGUGCUCCUCGUCGCCCACCUCUACGUGCUCGACCAUGUGAUUCAGCAGGUCUUCCACUACCUCUUCUUCUACAACUACUGGUAUAUUCAGAAGCAUGAGGGACAGCGUGAUUUGAAUUCGCAGGCGCAGAAGGACAUCUUCAACCUGGCCGUCUCCCGCAACGAGGUGUCGGCCAGCGACGCGAACCCAUCCGAGGCAGAUGCGCAGCUGCGCGCCGGCCAGGCGAUGCAGAUCUGGAACCAUGAGAAGGGAUACGCGCUUGGCGUUAUCAUGCUCGGAUUCUUGUUCAAGAUCUACGCCUGUAUGGCCUUGUACUCGUACGCCGCGCACCUGCGGCAGAACACAUACCACUCCCUCCCGCUCACGAAGGACGCGCACGCGGCUCGCGACGCGAUAAUCGCGAGCAGAUCACAGAACGCCUCUCCAGUGGAGGAGGAUGAGCUUGCGCUCGCCGAGGCGGAGAUUGCGCGCGACCGCGCCCGCGAGAACGGGCCCGCCCGCUCGCCUCGGACUUCGCCAGCCGUCGAGGCAUCUGCACUGCCCAGGACAGACAAGGGCAAGCGUGCCUCGGAAGACUUCAGCUGGGACUAGUCAUCUCUAUGCAUCCACCACAUAUCACAUAGAGCCUCGCGUAUGUAUUCGAUAUUGUGCGCAGAAGCCAUAAUACUAUACAAUGGGUGGAGUGGAGGUCAUGUUUCACAGUGGAUUCC